GACUCCAAGAAGCGCCUCGCGCUCACGAUUAUUGACUACCUCCAAACAUCCCUCAAGGACGGCACCCUCACACCCGAAGAUGCCGAUUCGAUCGAGAUCGCCAGCAACUGUAUCGCCGAAUGCUUCCACGUGGACCCGAACGAUGAGACCGCAAUGAAGGAUGCACUGGGUGGCCAAAACUUGUUGAGCAUCUACGGUGUAUUUGAGAAGAUGAAGGGCAAGGGAGGACCAGCACCGGCCGCUGCAUCUACUUCGUCAUCUUCAACAAGUGCUGCUCCCGCUCCUCCUGGCGCACCGACUGAAGAAAGCGAGAAGCUCAAGGGCCUGGGCAACGUAGCGAUGCAAAAGAAGGAUUACCAGGCCGCUGCGGACAACUACACGAAGGCCCUCGAACUGUGCCCGCUAAACCCUAUCUACCUGUCGAACCGUGCUGCGGCGUUUAGCGCGAUGCAAAAACACGAAUUGGCGAAGAACGAUGCUGAGCUUGCAACUGCGACGGAUCCAAAGUACACUAAGGCCUGGUCGCGAUUGGGACUGGCGAGAUUCGCUUUGGGUGAUGCGAAGGGUGCAAUGGAGGCGUAUAAGCAGGGUAUCGACGCGGAGGGCAACGGUGGAAGCGACGCGAUGAAGAAGGGUUAUGAGACCGCGAAGAGAAAGGUUGAGGAGGAAGGAGCUGGUGCCGAUGAGUCAGACGACGAUGCGGCGCCUGCAACGAGAGGAGCCGGCGCUGGUGCUGGUGGCAUGCCCGACUUGGGCAGCUUGGCGUCGAUGCUUGGUGGAGGAGGCGGUGGAGGGGCGGGUGGCAUGCCUGAUCUCGGUGCAUUGCUAAACAAUCCAAUGAUGAGGAAUAUGGCACAGAGCUUAAUGUCAAAUCCAGAGGCUCUCAACUCCAUGAUGAGCGGUCUCGGACGCGGUGGCGGAGGUGGAGGAGGCACUGGCGGGAUGCCUGAUAUCAGUGCGAUGAUGCAGGACCCCGCAAUCGCAGAGAUGGCUAGGAACUUCAUGGGCGGUAUGGGUGGACAAGGUGGCGCUGGUCGAGGA